UAUUUUUAAUGGUUUUUGACCUACAAAAUGGUUCGAAUUUUGAGUAAUGGCGACAUUGUGCCAGAUGAUGAUCCGAGAGCUCAAGCCGCUGGUUCACGAGGAAACAGUGCUGGUGAUAACUCAAACAGACCUCGGCAGGCACCAUGGAGGGAGGGUGAUACCACGGUGCCCAUAGGCUUACAAACAUGAAGGAGUGGAUGGUCGUCCUGUGCCAAAUCUGCUUACCAUCACCCAAGAAGGGCGGCUAUGUGCAGCAUGAUGGCAACGGACAGCAGGCUUUUGCAGAAGGCCGACAGAUUUCAGUCUUCGAAGUACUGAACCAAAAACUCCUUGCUUUUGGCAUUCCACGAUUUACUUUUGGACAGUUCGUAUUUGAGCCUAUUGUAUCUGUUGGAUUUCUUUUAGCAGGACUACUUUUUGGUAUUAGUGGACUCCUGUUUGCUGGGCUUCUGUACUUCGUAGUUAGGUGGAGCCAAACUGGGGGUGGAUUUUCAGGACUAGGUGGACAGCAGCAUGGUGCACCGCCAGGCAACGAUGGAAAUCCUCCUGGAGCAGGAAGAAGAGGAGGAGGGACUUUUGGAGGUGGCAGUGAGGGAUACAGACUUGGGAGGUCCUAGAAAUAAAAUGUGCAUAAUGCUACUCAACAAGUAUUUCACGAUGCAGUUGUUUACUUUGAAAGAAACAAGUGCACAAAUGUGAGGUUUUUUUUCCUUUGGUGAAGGUUGCAUAGGUGACAGCAGAAGGGACUAUAAAACUGUUUAACAUAUGGGAACCUAUCUUGCCCUGCAUUUUAAAUGCAUUUGGUAGUUUCAUUAUUUUACAAUAGCAUAUUUUAUGUAUUUGUUACUCACGCUUUUAGUCUGUAAUGAAGAGGAGCAUUCAGGAGGGAGGGAGGUAGGGAGAAAGGAGACAGAAAAAGGGCAGAAGUAGCCAGAUGACUAGGUAUUGUCAAAUUUAUGAUAUACAAGUAAUAUAUUAAUAUAACUUGCCUUUAGUAUAUAUGAUCAAAUGUAUAUAUUAAUAUAUAUAUAUAUCAAAUGAUAUAUGAAAAACAGAAAACAGUUGUCCUAUGGCCCAUGCGAGUGUGCAUUGUUUCAUAUAUUAUGCAUUUUUUUUUAACGAAUAUAUUCUUGUCAUUUCCUUAAAUAAUUAAUUCUUAAAAUAAUACCAGAAUUAUGAGAAUAAGCAUGCUUAAAAGCAUUUUAUGCUUGUUAAAAUAUUUUUUGACCAAUUAAAAAAAACAUUUGUUUUAAUGGUUGUGGUGCUACAACGCGUUUGUGGUUUGUUGUACAAUUCUUCUUUGGUUAAAGAUUUACCUCUUGUAAGACAGCAAAAAAUGUGAAAUAAUGCAAAAAAAAUAAAAAAAAUAAAAAUUAAUGAAACAAAAUAUUAGUGAUGCUCAUUUGAGCGGAAAAUAAAAAUUCACAAAUAUGUGAUUAACUGACUUGUGA